ACCCGAGGACCCGGCGUCGUUGUUGCGGCCGCAAUACUGACCGCAUGCAUCUUUGCUACAGUCGGACUGCGCGUUUACACACGCCUCAGGGUCCAGAAGUGGUUUGGUCCCGAUGAUAUCUUUGCAAUCUUGGCUUUUUUCACCACACUUGGCUUCAACGUUGUUACCAUUGUUGGUCAUGCAAAAUACGGGUGGGACAGGCAUUCAUGGGACAUUCCCAUCGACUUGAUAUCGACUUCCAUUGCGCUUUCUCCAGCUUCAAAGCUUCUCUUCAGUUGCUGUGCUUCUUGCACUAGGAUGUCCUUCCUAUUCCUUUAUCACCGCUUGAUCAAAACAUUGGAUAUGCGUCGCUUCCAGAUGUUCCUGUAUGCUGCCAUGGCGCUAGUUGUUGCCAUCUUUGUGGCGGCAUUUUUCUGCAUCUUCCUACUUUGUUCCCCUGCUAGAGCCUAUUGGACCUUUCCACCUAUCCCUGGCUCCAAAUGCGUCAAGGAAUUGCCCGUGCAACUCACCAUGGGCUCCUUGCACACCAUUGCAGAUCUUGUCGUGACAAUUCUCCCCAUCCCCAUUAUUAUGAGGCUCCCGUUGUCAAGGUCGGAGCGCCUUGGUGCCCUUUCUAUGCUGAGCCUAGGUUUUGCAAUUACCACUGCUGGUUGUGUUCGCAUAUAUGAUAGUUGGUACGCAAGCACAGGGAACCAUGAUCUAGCCUGGGAUACCUGGUUUGUGUGGAUUGCUGCGCUCGCUGAAGUUAAUUUUGGCCUGAUAUGCUGCUGCGCUCCAACGAUACGCGUCUUAGUCACCAAG